AUGAGGUCACCUGCUCUUUAUAUUAGAAGGUAUUUCAGCAUGAAGAGUCUCAAGGAUUACAAAGUGGGUAUGAAAAUUGUCGUAAAUGAUCGAAUGCAAAAGAAUUAUGAGUAUGAGCUAGUAGAGCCUAUGGGUGAAGAAGCACCCGAUUUCAAUGACAAUAAUUUCAAACCCGAAUUGACACCCGAGGAAAUGUUACAAGAAGGUGUUUUCGAAGGAAAAUACUUGAACGAUUGUCAAGAAGAGUUCCCCAAAGAAUGGUUUGACAAUUCUCGAGAUAAACGAGUUCAAGUGGGAGAUCCACCAGAUUAUAAAUUAAAUCGUUUCAAAAUCAAAAGUCGUCAACUGUUGGUAAUAUGGAGAGAAAAUGAAUGGGUUAUUGGAGAUGAUCCUCGGGGUUGGUUCCAGUGGUAUUGUCGAUACUGGUUAGGUAGACGAAGUGAAUGUGAUGAAUUCCAAAAGAAGCGGUGGAGAGCAUUUAAGCGUCACAAAGGUCAGAUUGAGAAAAAUUGUGCUAAAAAGGAUUACAGUUGUCGACCAAAACAACGUCAAGCGUUGUUGCAAUGGGCAUAUGAUCCAUUUAUCUAG